AUUGGUUUACAACACUGAUGGAAUAAAAACGCAAAUAGCAGAGAAAAACUCCAAUUAUGGCUAUGGCUGUUCACAUAUGUACCAACUUUCUACACUCAACUCACACAGUCCCAUCUUCUCUUCGACCUUAUCCUGCAAACCCAUCUUCUACAACCGUCGUCAGAACCCGUAUAUCCUGCCUAUCAUCAUCUUCAUCAUCACCAAGAAUGGAUCCUCAGACCAAAUUCAUGGAAUUCCCACAUGUAUCCGCCCCAAUCAGGGACCUAAUGCUGGGACUUGUAUCUUCGGUAGAAACCCAUCUGGGCUCUUCCCUUCUCCCUUGUUCUCUUCCACCUGAUGUGCAGUACUAUCAGAACCCCAAUGGCAAUGCUGAAGGCACCGUCUUUGUCAGAUCCGCCAUUCCCUCUUCUCCUGUUGAUUUUAUAUUGGGAAGCUGGAUUAACUGCAAGCUGCCAUCCGGAGGAGCCUUGAACAUAGCUAGCCUUUCAACCUAUUUGAAACCCUCAACUAAUGCCCCAAAUUUCUUAAUUGAGGUGAUCCAGAGUACUCCAACAUCUCUGGUUCUCAUUCUUGAUAUGCCUCCAAGAAAAGAUCUUGUCCUAUAUCCUGAAUACCUCAAGACAUUUUACGAGGACACUGAAUUGGACAGGCACAGGCAACUUCUUGAGAAGCUGCCUGAGGUAACGCCUUACUCUUCCCCUUCUCUGUAUAUCCGAGCUCUUAUCUCUCCAACAGCUAUUCUUGUUCGCAUAGAAGCUGAAGCUGGUGAAAUAACGAGAAUAGACGAGAUAAUUCGAGAUAAUUUGAGUCCUAUUGCUAAUGAAAUGAUCGAGGUAUGGUUAAGUUUGUGUGCAUCUGUGGAUAAAGAAGUGGGAGAGGCUGAGAUGGCUUACUUGGAAAAAAGGGAUCUAAUUACGAAGACAAAGACUAUUGAGAUUGAUCUUGGCGCCAACAUUCCAAGAUUGUUUGGGCAGGAAAUUGCAGACCGAGUUUUAGGAGUUUUAAGGGGAGUUUUCAAUGUUUGAUCCUCCUAGUCCUGUGACUCCUUGUACCGGAUAACGAUUUUAACUAUCUCGUGUACUGUUUGUAUUAAGUUGUAGAUAAUUUGAUUGCUGUAAUUAUUAUUUAGGAUUGUAGCAUGUAAAAGUGCAGAAGUAAGAUAUUACAUACACAAUGUAUUUAUUUAUCUGAUAUGUGUGAACUACUCUACAUUUACUGGGUUUCGAAGCUCCAAGAGUCUGGUAGCAAAAUGGACUGUUCCAGAAAUCUAUGUGGCUGCUCUGCUAUCUUUCCUCCUCUUCAUGAUCCACAAUCUUGUUCACAUCAGAGCACUACACUAUAUCUUACCAAACCCUCUCCUCUUCUUGGGUCUCCAAAAUUUUUUCGAGAAUCCAUCCAAGAAAGCUUUCUGAGCUCAAUUCCUCCAAUGGCUACCCUCUAAAUGCAGUUUCUUUGCAAAAUGUUCAAUGUCAAAGCCCUUUGCAGAAAAACUACCUUUUCCAAAGCCUGAGAAGCAGAGACCACUCUCAGCAUAACUGUUGGUGCUUCAGGGGGCACUUUCCAAGAAGAAGAUUUUUUCUGCAGUAUGUGCUCCUUUUUAUGAAGAUUUUCUACCUGAGCUUCCAUUUCUGUAUUGAUUUUCGUUUAUUUGGUCAUCUAAGAUUUUCAAGACCUAGAUAGUAGAGAAUGUAAUUAUUAUUGUCACACGGUCUGGUAAACCUGUUCCCGAAUGUUGUUUGCUAACCAUAAUUGUGCAAAACUUCAUUGUCUUUGGUUAUGCUCGGACCAAAAUAACUGAUGAGGAGCUGAGAAGCAUAAUUAGCACAGCCUUGACAUGUAGAAGUUGACAAAAGAGAAAAUUGCAAGGACAAAAUGGAACAACUUCUUAUGAAAUGUUACUAUGACAGUUUGGAGGGCAACUUUGCAGAACGGGAAUGCAAGCUCAAAGAGAAAGAGG